AUGGCGCUAAUCGGAAACGUUAGCGAAUUCGACCCAGAACUUGAGUCAUGGAAGGAAUACAGUGAAAGAUUGGAACAUUAUUUCGUAGCUAACAAAAUAGUAGAGCCAGAUGUGAAGAGAUCUGUGUUAAUUGCCAUAAUAGGUCCUAAGGCGUACAAACUUUUGCGAAAUUUGUGCAAACCAAAAGAACCAGGCAAGUUAUCGUUCACUGAGUUGUGCGAGCUGUUAACCAAGCAUCACGACCCGAAACCGUCAGAAACUGUUGCACGACUGAAAUUUCACAAACGCAACCGACAAAAUGGUGAAAGUAUAGCUGAUUAUGUGGCUUCCUUGAAAUCGUUAACAGAACACUGUAAUUUUAACUCUCUGUCUGAAGAACCACAGGAUCAUAUGCUACGUGAUCAAUUAAUAGUUGGUAUUAAUGAUGAGCGCAUACAAUCUAAACUGCUGUCCAUUGAGCCAAAAACAGGAGAAAUUUUGUCAUUCAAAAGAGUUUAUGAAUUGGCAAUAGCUGCAGAAUGCGCAAAGAAAGAUGUAUCCGAUAUGAAGGACUCCCCUACCAUACAUAAAACCUAUACAACGAUAGCAAAACCAUGUUGGAGGUGCGAUGGUAAUCACCAACCAUACAACUGUACCUAUAAGGACAAGACUUGCUACAAUUGUCAACAGAAAGGACAUAUUUCGCGUAAGUGCAGGAAUGAAAAGCGUCCAAAUCAACAAGCAGACACUACAAAAACAUUUCGUGGGAGAGGUCGUGGACGAAGCUAUACUUGCAGCAGGAAACAAGUCAAGUCAACAACUAAAAGUGGUAGUACUCACCAAGUUGAAAACAUUGACAAUGAGGUUUUGGAGGGAAAUGAUUUUGAUGAAGAUGACUAUUAUAGUUUUAAUGAGAUCAAUUUUUGUGAAGGAAAUCUCAAUAGAGCUAAUCUGGGUAGAGUUGAUCCUUUUAUGUGUAAAAUGAAUAUUGAAGGUCAAUCAGUUGAUUUAGAAAUUGAUACAGGUGCAAGCUUUACUUUGUUAAAUGCACAGGAAUUUAAAAAAUUAUGUAGAUUUAACCCAGAAUUAAGGCAGGGGUUGCAGAAAGUUGAUGUAAUUUUGAAGACUUACACUGGUGAAACACUGGAUGUCGAUGGUGUCGUUAAGGUGGAGGUUGAUUAUAAUGGUCAACAUUUCACAUUACCGGUGAUUGUUGUAUCAGGUUUGGGUAGUUAUAAUGGAGAUAGUGCCAAGAUUUAUGUAAAGAGUGAUGUGAAACCUAAAUUUUUUAAGGCACGUCCCUUAGCUUUUGCGCUGAGAGAAGCCACUGAUUCAGAGUUAGACAGGCUUGUAGAGAAUGGUACUCUCACACCAGUACAGAAUUCUGAGUGGGCAACACCUAUUGUGGUAGUGUCAAAACCAUAUGGGGGUGUUUGCAUUUGUGGGGAUUAUAAAGUUACUAUUAAUCCUGUAGCUGAAUCUGACACAUUCCCAAUACCCAAGAUUGAUAGCUUACUUGCAAAUUUGGCUGGUGGUAAAACCUUUACAAAAUUGGAUUUGAGUAAUGCAUAUCAGCAAAUGCUGCUGGAAGAUGACUCCAAGAAAUAUUGUGUCAUCAACACUCAUCGUGGUGUCUCUGAUCAAGAGCACAAAGAAAACCUUGAGAAAGUUUUGAAAAGAUUGCAUGAUAAGGGUCUUAAGAUUAAGUUUGAUAAAUGUUAUUUUUUUAAACCAAGUGUAACCUAUUUGGGUCAUGAGAUAGACUCAACGGGUAUCCAUCCUUCUAAGGAUAAGGUUAGGGCUUUUGUGGAUGCACCAAGACCAACCGACGUCCACACAUUGAAGUCUUUCUUAGGUGGAAUCAAUUUUUAUGGGAAAUUCCUCAAGAAUUUGUCCUCAGUGUUGGCGCCCUUAUAUAAAUUACUACGUAAGGGUGUGUCAUGGCAUUGGUCGCAGCCACAAGAGCAAUCAUUUAAAAACGCUAAGAAAUUACUGAUUUCAAGUGGUGUUCUUGUACACUAUGACCCAUAUAAACAUAUUGUAUUGUCAUGUGAUGCUUCGCCUUAUGGCAUUGGUGCGGUUUUAGCACAUAGAAAUGAUGAUGGUUCUGAGCAUCCUAUUGCUUUUGCCUCUAGAACCUUGAAUGAUGCUGAGAAAAACUAUGCUGAGAUUGAUAGAGAGAGUUUAGCUAUCAUGUUUGGAGUUAAACAUUUUCAUAAUUAUGUUUUUGGAUUACAUUUUACAUUGGUCACUGACCAUAAGCCUUUAGUUUCAUUGUUUCAUGAACACAAAGCCUUGCCUAGUAUGGCCAGUGCUAGAGUGCAGCAUUGGGCAAUUGCUCUUGCAGCGUACGAUUAUGAUUUGGAAUUCCGUAGAGGUCUAGAUAAUGGUAAUGCUGAUGCAUUGAGUAGGUUACCAUUGCCUAAUAAACCAAAAUCUGUACCAGUACCUACAGAUACAAUUUUAUUGCUAGAGCACUUGUCAGGCCAACCCAUUAGCGCUGAUCAUAUUAGAAAAUGGACAGCUAGUGAUCCACUUCAUUCCAGAGUGCUGUCAUUUGUUAAAAGGGGUUGGUCAAAUGAAUUUAAAUCACAAGAGUUGAAACCAUUUUAUGUACGUAGACAUGAGCUCGGUGUACAGGAAGGUUGCAUAUUGUGGGGUAAUAGAGUGAUUAUUCCACCUGCUGGACAGCAGGGAAUUUUAACUGAAUUGCAUGAGGCACAUGCAGGCAUCUCUGUAAUGAAAGCUAUAGCUAGAUCAUACGUUUGGUGGCCUCACAUGGAUCGUGAUAUUGAGAAAGCAGUUGAGAAUUGUGAAAUUUGUCAAAUUCAUAGAAGUAAACCUAGUAAGGCUCCAUUGCAUUCCUGGCCUUAUGCAGAAAAACCUUGGGAAAGGGUGCACAUCGACUAUGCAGGACCAUUUUUAGGCAAAAUGUUUUUGAUUGUAAUUGAUGCAUACUCAAAAUGGUUGGAAGUGAAAGUCAUGAAUAUUUCUACAUCUACAGCAACUAUUGCUGAAUUGAAAGAGAUAUUUUGCACUCACGGCCUACCAGAUAUAUUAGUUAGCGAUAAUGGUAGCCAAUUCACAAGUGAUGAAUUCCAAAAAUUCAUGCUGUAUAAUGGUAUUAAGCAUGUGACCUGUGCACCAUUUCAUCCAAGUUCUAACGGUUUAGCCGAACGAGCAGUUCAGACUUUCAAAAAUGGAGUGAAAAAAAUGAAACAGGGAGACAUUAAAACUAGAGUAUUAAGAUUUGUAUUUAGAUAUCGUAGUUCUCCACAUUGUGUAACUGGUGCUACACCAGCUAAGUUGUCUAUGAAUAGGGAACUGCGCAUCCAUUUGUCACUUGUUCACCCUGAUUUUAGAUCAAAGGUAAUAUCAAAACAGGCAACACAGAAAUUGUAUCAUGACAAACAUGUAAAAUCACGAGUUUUUGAUAUUCAUGAUAAUGUGCUAGCACUAAACUAUAGUGGUAGAGGGAAUAGAUGGUUGCCAGGUGUUAUUGUCGAAAUUACUGGUCCUGUAUCAUACAAAAUUCAAUUGGGCAAUGAUAGAAUUGUUAGAAGACAUGUAGACCAGAUUAGAAUUAGGAAAUUUGAUAGUACUGUUAGUGAGACUAGGGUAAAUGAGGAGUUACCAGAGAUUCCAAUUGUUAGUAAACAAGUUACUCCUUCAUUAAGUAUUCCAGUUUCUAACGAGGACUUAAAUCCCAGUGUUGUUCUUGAUACAAGUCCUAGUAACAUUACUGAUUGUAAUCCUUGCCCAGAUCACUCAAUUAUUCAGAAUCCUCCAGAUACCACUCCUAAAGAUACAGUUAAACCAAAGAUUUCUAGCCCAGGUGUUAUUACUACUAGGUCUGGAUGCAUUGCCCACAAACCAGAUAAGUUGAACUUGUAA